AUCACCACAAACUUGGGAGAGGAAACUUCAAUGGUUAAUGUAAGCUUGGGUGAGGAAAAUUCAGGCUUCGUUACUGAAGGUCAAGAAACUUCAAGCUUUCCCACAGCUUUUGGUGAAGGAACUACUGCCAAUCCUGUGACCUUAGAAGAAGAAAAUCCUAGUAUUCCCAGAACCUCAGGUGAAGAAACUCCAGCUAUUCCCUCGGUCGAAGAAACCCCUAUUGUUCCCAGAACCUUGGGUGAAGAAACUCCAGCCAUCCCUGUGGCAGAAGAAACCCCUAGUACUCCCACAACCUUAGGUGAAGAAACUACUGCUAUUCCCUUGGCGGAUGAAGCCACUAGUAUUCCCAGAACCUUGGUUGAAGAAACAACUCCUGCCAUUCCCUUGGCAGAAGAAACCCCCAGUAUUCCCAGAACCUUGAGUGAAGAAACUCCAGCCAUUCCCUUGGCAGAAGAAACCCUUAGUAUUCCUAGAAUCUUAGGCGAAGAAACACCAGCCAUUCCUGAAACUUUCAGUGAAGAAACCCCGUCCAUUCCUCCAACGUCAACUGGAGAAACUCCUACAAUUUUUCCAACUUCCAGGGAAGAAACUCCUACUCUGCCUCCAACCUUGGGUCAGGAAACUCAGACCACUCCUUCAACCAUGGUUGAGGAAACCACAAUCAUUCCUGCAACCUUGGACAAGGAUGCUGCAACUCUUCCUGCAUCCUUGCAUGAUGAAACUCCGGCUAUUGUGACGACUUUGGCUGAGGAAACUCCAAUUACCACAAACUUGGGUGAUGAAACUCCAACCAGUCCCACAACCUUUGUUGAAGAAUCUGCAACUAUUCCGACAACCUUGGCCGAGGGAACUUCAACUAUCUCGACAACCUUGGGUGAGGAAGCUUCAACUGUUCUCACAACUAACGGUGAGGAAACAUCAACUGUUUCUACAAAUACUGAAACUGAGUCAUCUCCCCCUGAAGUGGCUGGAAGCAAGGAAAAUUCAACUUAGUAUCUCCACUGCAAAAUUUACUUGGAAAUUUCAGGUAUUACUUCUCUUAUCUGUAUGAAAGCGUUUAACUUGAUGAUGUUAGAAUAAUGACAGUUCUCAUCUGGCUUUGUACAAACCAUUAUGGAGACGAUGAGAGUGCAGGUCCAGUGAAUUUCUUUUCACCUCCUGCACUUAAACUCAUUUAGUGGACAAGUAUGGUUACUAUUUUUUGUAUUUACAGGCUGAUAAUAGGUGUAAGAUCUGAAAUAACUGAAUCUGUAUUACUAUGUAUGCCACCACCAAGA